AUGGCUCGAGGACGCUUCAUCCUGUUAGAGGGAUGCGAUCGUGCAGGAAAGUCAACGCAGUGCGAAAUGCUUGUCGCCGCAAUGAAGGAGAGGGGGCAUUCGGUUGAGCUAUGCAAGUUUCCAGAUAGGACUACCACUAUUGGGCAGAUGAUCCAUGCUUAUUUGACGAAUACAAGGGAACUGGACGACAGAGCAAUUCACCUGCUCUUUUCUGCGAAUAGAUGGGAGGCCAUGCAAGCAAUGAAGCGCAAGUUACAGCAAGGCAUACAUCUAGUUGUUGAUCGAUACGCAUAUUCGGGAGUCGCGUUUUCAACAGCCAAGGGCUUGGAUUUGACAUGGUGCAAGAACCCUGACCGUGGACUUGUCCGACCAGACCUGACAUUUUUCUUGGACCUCCCAACAUCCGAGGCAGAGAAACGUGGAGGAUUCGGUGAGGAGCGGUACGAAAAGCGGGAGCUUCAAGAGAGAGUUCGAGACGUGUUUUUGCAGCUCAAGAGCAAUGAAUGGGUGAUAGUCGAUGCCUGUAAAUCGGUCCAGUCGAUGCACAACGAGCUCCUGAGGGAGGUGGAGCACAAAAUCCGCGUAGCUGAGGAAGAUGCGAAGCUUGCAGACGAUGAGGAUGAUAUCCUAGAGGAUAUGUUCAUGUGA